AUGAAUUAUGGAAAGAUAAUAAAUCAUUAUAUUUAUUCAUGUCUUUUAGUCAAUAAAGAGUGGUGUCAUUUAGUAGUUCCUAUCUUAUGGAAUAAUUAUCCAUCCUAUUUUAUAAAUGUAGAAUCAAGAGAAAAAUUUUUUAAUAUAAUAAUUUCUUGUCUAUCAACCUCUUCAAAACAACUUUUGUUUGAUAAUAAUAUUAGACUAUCUCAAACAAUUCUUUCAAAAACCCCAGCGUUUAAUUAUAUUAGUCUUUGUAAAUUUUUUAAUGGUGAAAUUCUAACUUAUAUUAUGCGUAUGGUUUUUAAAGAAGAAUUUUUAAUUAAGGUUGAUUCAAAAAAAGUAUAUCUUUUUUUACGAGAAAUGUACAAGUUAUUUAUUAGUCAAUGCAAGGGUAUUAAAACAUUUGUGUGGGAUACUUAUGAACCUUUAUUAUCAUUUCCUGGAGCUUUAACAUUUUUCUCUCAAUUAUAUAGCCUAAAAAUUAAUCUAUGGUUUAUAGAUUCUAAUAGUCUUUAUCGAAUGUCACAAAUUUGUAAAGAUUUGGGCGAAUUAAUUAUUGAAAAUUGUUCUCAAGAUAUUCCUGGAUUAACUUCUUUAAUCGAUGCACAAAGAAAUUUAAAAAUUGUAUCAUUAGAAUUUAAGAUUAUGGACGGUUCGUGUGAAGAAUUAGGGACGUGUGAAGAAUUAAGCAAGGCAUUGGCAAGAAGAGGUUGUACGAUUAAUAAUCUUACUUUACAUGAUUCAGUUGAUGUUAUUCCACAUUCAUUUUUAACAUCACUUGUUAGUCUAAAGUAUUUGGGAAUAUAUUAUGAUUGUGAAAGUUAUGAAAGGAAUAUUGAAUUCCAGAAAUACUUAGAAAUUUCAAAAUUUCCAGAUCUUCAGUCACUUGAAAUUAAAGAUGAUUUAUUAUGCUUUAAGAAAUUAGCAAUGUUAAUUGAAAAAACCAAAGGAAAUAUAUCAAAUAUCUAUAUAGAAACUUGUAAUGAAUCUGCUGAAAAUACAGGAAUGUUACUUAAUGCAAUUUCUAAUCAUUGUCCAAGGAUUGAGAACUUAGUUACAUAUCUUGGACCUAAUGAUUUGAUUUAUGUUAAAUUAUUAUUAAUGAAUUGCAAAAAUUUAGUAUGUUUAAAUCUUUUUGGUUUGAAUGAAAAUAGUGAUAUAGGAGAUGAAUUAUUGGAUAUUUUAAUUAAAUUUUCUCCAAAAUGUUUAAUUGAUAUAUUAAUUAGUGGAUAUUGGAAAUACUCUAUUGGCGUUUUUGUAAAUUUUUUUGAAAGUUAUAGGGGACGAAAAUUUUGUUUUAAUAUCAGUGAUGUUAUUGAAUAUAUUACAAAAAAACAUUUAAAUGUUGUUAAGUAUUACUUUGAUGAAGGGAUAGUAACAUAUUCAAAUCUUUUAAAUUAUAUUAAACUUUAA